GUCGCCUCACUUCCUGUAUCCUAUCCUCUGAGAGUGACAGACGGUGGCGCGAGGAUGUUGGCAACCAGAGCAUUUCGUCUUGUUGGUAGCAGGGCCUUGUCAACUUCUAUCUGCCUUCGUGGUGGACAUGGAGUUGCUAAGGUGGAGGACUAUGCACUCCCAGCAUACUUCGACAGACGAGAAAGCCCUCUUCCUGACAUCAAGUAUGUGCAACAGCUGAGUCCUGACCAGACAUCUCUGAAAGAAAAGGAGAAAGGCUCAUGGGCGGCUCUGUCCAAAGAGGAGAAGAUUUCAUUGUAUCGCAUCAGCUUCAAAGAGAGUUUUGCUGAAAUGGAGAAUGGAACAGGCGAGUGGAAAUCGGUAGUUGCUGGAGUUUUCUUUUUUAUGGGUUUCACUGGCCUUGUUGUCUUGUGGCAGAGAAAGUAUGUUUAUGGAGAUGUUCCCCAUACCUUUGACCCUGAGUACAAACAGAAAGAAGUCCAGAGAAUGCUUGACAUGAGGAUCAACCCUGUUGAGGGAUUUUCAGCCAAAUGGGACUAUGAAAAGAACACUUGGAAGAAAUAAAUUCAUGUUCUGUAAACUUAAAUCUGUUGGACCAUCUUGCACAACUUCUAACAAAUAAACAGACAUGUCUUUAUUUAUUGUUUGCCCAUGUUACCUCUGAACACAUUUUGGAAGAUUGCUUCCUCCUAAGGUUCUUGUGUAUUCGAAAAUAAAAAUUCCAAUGUGUAUCGUA